AUACUAGAGAAGGAUCUCAAUUCAGCAAUUUGGAAGCUGAUGAAUCAUUUAAAAAUCGAAGAAUCACCAGAAACUACAACUCUUAUGGAGAAUGAAGUAAGAAUUAAACACAAAAGACAGUAUAGUUAUUCGCAAAGGAAUAAUGUUAUUGGGUUGACUUUUGUUGAAAUCGUACGCAACCGAUCUUCCAGCCGAAAGGAAUGCAAGAACACAUUCCGUACACAUGUCAUUAAUCAUAACUUGAAUCCAGAAUGGAAAGAAAAAUUACACUUUUCAGUAAAAAGGACAGAAUUAGACUUUUUAAUUAAAUUCAAAAAAAAUAAGCAUGUCAUAGAAGUGGAAAAUAUUGGAGAUGGAAUGAAAGAGGAAGAAAUUCCAUUCACAAGUAUUAAAUUUCGUGGAAUGUUAAAUAGUUUAGGACCAUCUUCGACGAAUCAAAUGAUAUCAGGCUUUUUUACUCGUUUUGGCAAAGAUCCAAUAAAAGAGAAUUAG